AUGUCCGUGCUCACCACCACCGCUCGCUUUGCUGUCCGUGCUAGCCGUCCCGUCGCGCGUGUUCCAACUACGUCGCGUGGUGUGCACACCCUUCCCAAGCUCGACUAUCCAUAUAAUAUGUGCCCUGUCGCGCGCAGGCUCGGGCGCGCGAAGCGGCCGUCAUAUCUCGAGUGUGCAAUGGAUGGCGACCUCAGCAGACACUCCGGAAGACUGUACGACUUCCAUGUCUCAAAUGACGCGAAGAUGGUCCCCUUCGCAGGGUACUCCAUGCCGCUUUCCUACGGUAAUGGAGGGGCAGUUGCGAGUCAUCACCAUGUCCGUAAUUCUGUCGGACUGUUCGACGUCGGGCACAUGGUGCAGUCAAACGGCAUUAUCGACGAUACUGUGAUCACCAAGCACGCGGACGACGCGUUCUACGUCGUGACAAACGCCGGCCGCCGUGACCGUGACCUCGCCUGGUUUAAGGAGAGGCUGGAAGAAUGGAAUACUAGCGAGAAGGCAAAGGCGGAGGGAAAGGUCGAGCAUGAAGUGCUUGAGGAUUGGGGCCUGCUUGCGCUUCAAGGCAUGCGGAGCGCGUUCGUCCCGAUCGAAGGCUUUAACCUACACGUUGCGCGAGGCGGAUACACGGGCGAGGACGGUUUCGAGGAUCUCGACGAGGACACGACACCCGUGGAAGCCGGUUUGACGUGGGUCAUCGGCAAGGAAAGGCGGGAGAAUGGCCAGUUCAUCGGCGCGGACGGUUCCGUAACAUAUGGCAUACCCUCGCCUUCGCUUGGGAAGAACAUUGCGAUGGGCUAUGUCAACAGCGGAUGGCAUAAGAAGGGUGACUUAGACGAGAUAGUCAUUCGCGUGAUUGAUAGCGGCCACUGUUUCAGCUAUUGGCCGUAUUUAUCGCCCCUUGCUUCCUUCAUAUGA